GAAGAGCUGCAAAUGGUGCCCUGAGGAGAACCCAGUGACUGUGGUCCGCUGGUGCUUAGYCACAGUGACUUGUGGUACCCACAGGUGAAUCUCAGCACUGACACAUCAGUAGGUGGCAACAAGAAACACGUGUGGAAGCCAGAGACUUUGCCACAAUGAGAUGCCUCACCCAUCCACUGCUCAGGAAGUUGCUGAGUCCCUCACUUCAGUGUAUGGCAGGGCGACUGAGUCCAAGUAAAGAUGCUGUUCUCAGCUCAAAGCACUUGUCUCUGAGGCAGAACUGCUGUGCAAGACCUGAGCUCGUGACUGCCACYGAUAUGGUCAACUACUGGCAGAAGAUGUUUGAGACAAAUGGGAUCCCUGAAGCACGAGAAUCCAGUCAAUAUAUUGUGUCAUUUGUCCUGGGAGCCAAAACAUUUCAGAGCCUGGAUUCCAAAAGCCUCCACACUCCCCUUACAGCAGUGCAGCAGGAGCAAAUCCAGCAGCUGAGCAACAAACGGCUACAGAGGAUGCCAGUGCAGUAUGUACUUGGAGAGUGGGACUUCCAGGACCUGACCCUGAAGAUGAGACCCCCGGUAUUUAUUCCACGGCCUGARACAGAGGAUCUCGUCUCUUUAGUUGUGGAGGAAGAAUUUCAGAAAUGUGAGAAUUCAGCCCUCUGUUUCCCAGUUUCUGUUCCUCAUCCUGUGAUCCUGGAAAUUGGCUGUGGCUCUGGAGCAAUUGCUCUGAGUCUGCUCUGCAAACUGCCCCAGAGCAGAGUCAUAGCCAUGGAUAAAGACAAAGCUGCUGUGGAUCUCACCCGGGAGAACGCACAUAGGCUGCAACUCCAGGAAAGGAUUCACAUCAUCCACCAAGAUGUUUCACACUGUUCUGCCAAACAGCUACUGCUCUGGGGCCCCAUAGAUGUCAUAGUCAGUAACCCCCCAUAUGUUUUCCAUGAAGACAUGGCUUCCUUGGACACAGAAAUCCUCUGCUAUGAGGACCUUGAUGCCCUAGAUGGAGGAGAUGAUGGCAUGAGAGUCAUCAAAACAAUUCUGGCUUUGGCUCCUUCUCUUCUGAAAGUUUCUGGGAGUGUAUUUCUGGAAGUUGAUCCCAGGCAUCCAAAUAUGGUGGAGCGCUGGCUACAAGCACACCCAAACUUACUGCUCACCCUUCGUGCCAUUCACAAGGACUUCUGUGGCAAACCCAGGUUUCUGCACAUCCAGAAACAAAGCAGCUGACAACUGUAGCAGGCAGGACUCUCUUUGCUCCUGAGCCUGGCUGAACAGCUUGUUGAGAACUCCUUUUGCCUUGUGAAAGAAAUCUCCAUUCCCCGGAGUGUUGGACUCUCCCUGCAGUGACAGACCCCUCGUUUCCUGACACAGACUUGGUCCAGAGGUGCAGAAGUUCAGCUGAGCAUGUGGAAGUGUUUCACCUUCCUGAGGGAGCUGCAUGAAACUUUUUAGUCUGCUUUGCUAAAGUGACUCAUUAAUCUCAGGACCCAAGACAGAAGAGUUCACAGCUCUAGAUUAAAAAUACAACUGCUCAGCGUGCCAGAUCACCCAUUUGGCCUAGAAAGAUUUUUAUUUUUUUUUUWAACUGGCUUUGAGAUAGAUUUAUAGAGAAUGUGACCAGAUGGAAUGAUGAGUCCAAACUCUGGCUUAUACUGGCACAUGGAUUUGCAGGUAUAACAGGGCAUAACUGAAUUGCACAUUUCAAAUGCAGUUCUGUUCCUGAUGCUCCAAUAGCAAAGCAGCUUUUGUUUCCCACUCCUGCAGGGUGAUUGUCACUGAAGGAUGAGUGCACAUGUUACAGCACCUGAAUUUACAGCCCUUGACACUUGGUGGAUGCUGCCAGAAACAGUCAAAGCAUUGUAAUAAAGAUAGUGCUUCAGAUCAAAGUCCUUAAAAUAAUUGCACUUCAAUUUUUCAGAGAUGCUGGCAGGCCUGAAUAAACAUCUGGYGCCCAUACAUUGAUAGUAACAGAAAUGCCUAAAUUCCAUGAGAAGCAUUUAAUUGCAAGACUUUACAGAGAAGCUCAGCGUCACUAGUCCAGUUUUGCAGAUGGAGAAGUUGAAAAACAGGUGAAAUUACCUGUACAAAUUUCAACUGAACUGAGUUUGGAGUAGGAUCCAGUCUCUUGACAGGCCUGGCAGUAGCUGAGGUCUGUCUCUUUGGGAAGGAUGAUUCAGACUAGGGCUGCCUGAAACAGCAYUGAGAGAAGUCUCUGAAAUGGACAGUCGACAUCAUGUCAGUAUAAAAAAUGGCAGGAUUAAAUUCAAGCUGCUGCUUGCUGGAGCUGCUGUUUCCAGUGGUGCAAGUUCCCUUCUGGACCGUAGCUAGCCAGGAAGGAAGGAAAGCAAGCCAAGGAAAGGAUCUGGUCUGCCAGUCCAGACAGAAGCAGUUGCUGGGUCAGUGGAGGUGAGCRCUCAGGAGGGGUGGGAGUGUUUGUCCAGACAGGGCCCUGCAGUGUGUGUGUGCCAGGGAGGGGCUGUCAGACUCUGUCCAGGCUGACCUGGGACUGCACAGCCAGAGACAUGAGGCAGCACAUGCAGCAGCAAACUGAGUGUUGGAAGUCUGCAGCAGAUUCAGAGGGUGUUACCAUGAGCACUGAUAUAUCUGCUGCCUUCCCCCUGUGCCUCUCCCACAGUCUCACUCCCCAAAUGAGUCUUUCCUUCAUCCUGUUAACUCCUGAACAUUGGCCCUGCUUUCCCACAGGCCCCUGAGCUCUCCCKGAUGAACCAGCACUUGGGGUUCCAGCUGGACCCCUCCCAUACCCACAGCUCURUUCAUAGACUGGCCUUUCACCCACUGUACAUCUCACACUGCAUUUAUCCACCCCAGUAGUUUACCAUGUCCUGUAUAUGCUUUACUUGAAUUUGGGAGUGUUCUCUGGUCUGUAGUAUUUGCCCUGGUUAAACACAGUGGAGGAAAUCUAGAGAAAGAGAACAAAAGUAGAUCAGUUUAAGUGCACUUGAGCCUAAGUUUGGAAAUACAGUUUCAGCUCAGCUGAUUUCUGGCCCCCUGGAGCCAUGAGUACAAAGUAUAGUUAAAGUGUUGUUUUGUGUGUUUGUGGGAGGUUUUUUUUUCAAAGUAAUUUAGGGGUAUUUUUUAAGAUCAGUUUGCCAGACUCUGUUUAAAAAUGAAAUUUGAAGAAAUGAGUUCUCAGAUUUCUCGCCAGAUGUUAGCAGUGUUUGUGUGUGAAACAAAGCAUUAUACACAUCCUGCUUCUGCAGGACACCUGAAAAGUCCAUGGGCUGAUGGGGAUGUUAAACAGCAUCAUACUGCAUUCUUCAGGGGGUGGGCAGGUUCCCUGCAGCACGCUGGGGUUAGGUGGCUCUCUGAGACUGCCAGUGGCUGGGCUGCAGAAGGCAGUGUGCUUUUUCCUGSAAACAUCAGUCAAUCCUUUGUCUGAGCUCUGAGCAGGACAAGUCCCCUGCGAGACAGACUGCUGGUCUAGUCUAGUAGGACAAGUGUUAAAUUCCUGUAUUUAUAGCUAAAACACUGAUAAAAAUKAUUGCAUUUCUAUGUGUUUGCAUUGCAUAGUGGUUAUAUAUCUUGGAAAAUUUUGUGGUGCUGCUGACCUUUUCAUAGAAAGAAAAAUUGCAGUUCCUCCCAGGAGGCUGGAUGUUCCUGUCGGACUCGCAUCCCAGGGAAUGUGCUGGUGUAGGACAGUGUGUUCCUCUGUGCUUUACACAGAUUGGCCCGGGCUCCUUUUGGUACAGCAGCACUGCAAAGCCCUUUGGAGCUGAUGGUUUUAAGGAACCUGGUUGGAGCACUGGGCCAUGGCUGUGCUGCCUGAGGGAAGAGGCUGAGCUGACCCUGGCAGAACCCUGAGCACGUGAGCUCUGCAGAGGCACAGCUGCUSCCUGAAGCCAUAGAAGGCUGACGCUUCACCCGGCAUUCUGUGUAAUCCAAUAUCUGCCAUACACUGAAUUUUCUGGGAAUUUACUGGGUCUUGGGAAUUGUAUCAAGAUGGUGAUUUGAUUCCUGAGGUGAUGCUUUCAUAGUGGGGCUUUGUUUUAAAGACCCUGAGGAGCCUGUUUGUGUGUGCUCACAUCUGUGUUUUGGGGGUUACUGGCUGUGUGGGAUCUGCUGGGGUGACACUGCCCUUCCCCGAGGCGGAGCUGCUKUGGCAGAGCCCUGCAGAUGGAGCUGCGGUCCCAGUUUAGCUGUGUCCUCUUCAGCCUUCCUGCUUUGGGCAAGGCACAGGCCGCAGGAAGGGCAAGAAGUGGGGUCAGCACAGGGCUGAAGUGUAGGUGCAGCUGCAAAUGGGGCKUUAACCUCAGCUCCUCUGCCGGGAAACAGAACUUCCACACUGGACUGGUGUCAGGAGGCUGGAAGAGGAUUCACAGCUGUGACACAGGACUGGGGUUGUAUGUACCUCAUGCUGUGAAUGGGAGGCCCACAGCCCCUCUAGGGCUGGAGGUCAGAGAUACCAUUUUUAUUCUGGUGUGAUGUCCAUGUGAGCACCCUGAAGUACUGACCAUGCUUUCAGUCUCCACCCAARAUAUGGGGUGAAAGAGACCUGCACAGGGACAUUAGAGAGAUAAAGAAAUAUCUUUAUCUUCACAAUGCUCYGCUGAGCUUGGGCUCUUGUUGGGCUGAGACUKCUUUCCAUGUGAGGAACUGACACURGAGUGACUGCAUUAGAGUGGCACAGGACAUCUCUGGGGACCCACAUGACCAUGUGUGUGUGGAUUACUGGCCAGCACUCAUUCCUUGGUGUAGGGCCAUAGAUCAAAAUGGCUUGGAAGAGAACUUGACAGUCAUCUAGCCCAAUUUCCCCAUCCAAGUARGCAUCAACUUGCCUUACAUCAUUCRUGACAAAUGUUUGYCCAGCCUGACACAAAGGCUCCCAGUGCUGAUAGCGACUUUAGCAUGCAAUCUGUCCUGGUGCUUUGUGGUUCUAUUGCUACAAAGUUUUCCUCUGUCAGGCAGCUCUGAUGCAGCUAAAACCUAGCACUUCCCCUGUACUGAGGUGGAGAACAGCUGCACCUUCUCUUAGAGCACCUUCCCUCUCCUUAGAGCACCUUCCAUGUGGUAGUCUGUUCCCAUAUUUCCUCACAGUCUUAAUUUCUGAGGGAAAGAACUCMCAGCACUUAUUUUUGUAGGCUGCUUGCACAUCCUUCUCUCCCUGCUUGGGAAAUGUAAGGGGGACUGUGUGCUUCAGACUUGUUAGAGGUGAUACUUGUGCCUCUGGUGAGUGGGAUAAARCUGCUAGAGCUCACCCUGCUUACAGAGCUCGCAUUUCCCACGUGAAGACCAAGCCAAAACUUCCAUUAACUUUUUUUUGUCUGGGAAAGUUAUCAAAAACUGUAUUUAAGUUUUAAUAAACUACAAUUUCCACCCCAGCCUGCAUCCUGURGAACAAAUACCCACUGAAAGAAGGCUUCUUUCUCACACUCAAGAACAUAAUGAGGUGCCAAGAGAGACUUAAUCGAUUUUCCAGGCUAUUUCCUCGUCCACAGAUGUUUUGAUAUGCUUUGAAUUCAUUGUCAGAAGUUUCAGGUGUUGUUCUGUAGAGGGCCUUAUCACAGUCCUUCUCUGCUUCUUUUCCCUGGCAGCUGGCAAAUCUCAUUGUGGUCCAUCCAGUCUCUGGUGAACACAGGGGCACUUUUAUGAAAUUCAUCUCAUCUGCUUUUGGUGUCAGGACUCAGCACCCUGCUGCAGCUGAUAAACCAGAUCAGCUUUGCUGCUUUCCAGUGCAAACCCAGAGGAUAUGGGAGUGAGCAGAGCACUUCUGUGCAGCCAGUGCAUCUCUGAGCACGAUGAGAAUGUGCCAGAGGCUGCUGCAGAGGGCUGGGAACGUGCAUCCUGCACACAGCAGCAGCUGCUGCUCUGAGUGCACGAGUGUCAAAUGUGCUGUGCUGCAGACAGGUGCUGAGGAGUGCUGCCACAUACUGCGGUCUGUCUGUGUGGUUUGUCUUCUUGSUGUGGUUGAUGUCACAACUGUAACUUGGUUUAAGUGGCAACUUCUAGCUCUAGAGCUCUGUUUCAUCUGCUCCCUUCACCAGCACACCUGAAUGGUCACCCUUCUGUGACUUAUGUGCUCGUCCCAGCAUUUUGGGCAGAGUGGGCAUCAGUGUGAUUUCAGUGGUGGCUGCACUGUCAGCAUUACAAUGAUAACCAUGAGCAAGGCUACCGCAGGGUGGAAGGCCUUAGAGCUACUGCAUGUGAACAACCACUGGCCUGGGGAGAAAGGGGCCUUGGCCCCAUAAAAUAUUUGCUCUGGGUUCAGCUUGCUUCAAAGGUCUACGUAAGUAGUUUCACACUUCAUCCUUUCUUUUGUGACAGCUGGGAUGUUCUGAGUUCAUCCUGUCCAUGGCAGAGUGUCUCAGCUCCUAGGCUGAAAUUUGCAGCAUGGCAAAGAAGAGUUUGCCAUCCAAAUAUCCAGUGGCAGCACAUGUGAUGAGAAAUUGAGCUGCAGCAAGAGAAGAACCAUGGCAGAGAGUCACAGCAAGAGCUCAAAUGCUCUUAAUGGCAGUUCUGGCAAACCCAGCUGUAGCUGUACUUGUUCCUCCCUUUACUGCUAUUUUAAAUAGUGUACAUCCCAGCUGUUCCUUGGAAGCAUGAUUGUGCCUCGAGAGCAGGAAAGCAGYGAUUGUUACUCCUCAGUGGGGAGUGUUACCAGAGAAAUGUUUACUUUUUAGAGCCUUGGUGUUGGGAURUGACAGGAAGGUAAUUUUCACAGUGUGUUACUGGUACAGCCAGUUGUUGCUAAACACUGCAGGACCUGGAAGCACACAAAUGGCAGAUUGUUUGGAAGAAGGGGGAGGUGAAGAAAUCAUUACAUGGAGCUCRUCUAGGGAAGACAAGAUUCUUGGGAAAGGGUGUGUUAAAAUGAAGCUGAGGUUUUAGGAGGGAAGGUCUGUGCUGCCACAUUCCUGCUUUGCCACUCUAAAACCAUAAGCAGAAGUGUGGGACUGAGUCUCUAUAAGGUGCAARUUGUAUACAGGAGGCAAACUGAGAAUUUCUGGUCAAUGCUGUACUUCAGCAGCCUUUCUCCAGUGUGAAAGGCUUCCUGGGGACCACAGGUGAUGGGCAAGCAACAGCAGAUAGAGCACAGAACUCCUGUGGAUCAAGAGCAGAGCACUCUCACUGUGUCACAAAGAUGCCACUGGUCUGAGUUUCUAUAAACAUGGUUUCUACAGAAGUUGCUUGGCUGUGUGUGAGUAUAGGGGAGGCAGAACUCUGCUUCUAGUGGGAUGUCCUCAGCAAUGGGAGAUUUUGAUUUGUACUGUAUCCAGCUGCUAUCAACAGUUUUAGCUCCCCAUCUGCUUCCUCCUUUCCUGGUGGUCAGCUUGUCUCCUGUGUUUUGUAUAUGCACACCUGCAUGCACACAGUGGGACAUGUCCAUCAGUUGGUAGCAUAGUGCUUGUGGCCAUGGAGUCCUUACCUGACAGCCUGAGCUGCUGCAGGAGCUGCAGUACCCAGUGGUGCUGGUGGGAGACUGACUGCUGCCAUCAAAACCCUCAGUUCUUACUGGAAUACUCAUGCAAGAUUGGAUUGUGAACACAGUUGCUUGGAUUGUUGAAAAAGGCUUGAAUUAUUAUAAAAUUCCUGACCUGGUAUUUGGCUGAUGAUUAAUUACUUAGGUUUGCAUAGUGCUUUGAUGUUCCAGAUGUAAACCCAGAGCAAGCUGUUACAAUUCUGUUGACCUCGGUGGAGUCCUCCCCGUCAUUCCAGUUGGCACACCUGGUGCUCUGAGGUAUUUGUAUUCUGUGGAACAAGCGUCCAGUCAUUGAUUUAAGUCUUUCUGGGGACUGGAGGCUGUUAAGUUGUUAAUCUUUUUUCCUCUCCUGUAUCGAUUGCUCUGCCACUUACCAGCAGUGACCUUCGCACCACACCUUUURACUUUGAGCUUGCUGCUUCUCUAGAGUCCUUCUCUGAGCCUUGGUAGCUCAUGGUGUGUUUGUAUUGCCACAGUGCUUAGAAACUUCUCACAGGUUGCUCCGUUUCUAAGUUGUCACUACUCUGCUCCCCCGCAAGUAUCUUGUUGUGUAACUCUCCCCCAGCCAAUGUUGCUGGCUUGCAUGGAUAAGUUGUUCUAUGCUGGAUAAUUUGGAGUAACCUUGUGAUAGAAAAAUCCCCCUCUAAAAGGCAACUGAGUCUGGCAUUGUCGUUCAGUGAUCUGGCAGCUGGUGGGGUUUGCUGGGUGGAGCCCUGGUGCUGACAUGUGCUCUCUCUGCUUGAAAAGAGCAGAUUAAGUUCAUACUUCACUCAAACACAGCUUCUUCAUUUAAUGUGUAUGGGCAGCAGGCAGUCAGGCUGAAAGCAGAUUUUGUACUUCAGCUUCUAGGUCAGUGGGUUUUUUGUCUUGUUUGUGUCAGCAGACAGUAGCCCUUUGUUCAGCAGCACAACUAUUUCCACCUCAGCAACACACACAUGCACGUGAUGCAGGUCCUGGGUUGUGCAAUAAACUCCAGCAAAYAUAUUGUCUGUUCCACUUCAGGGCUUGAUUGUGUGCCCUAUUGACCASCAAUAAAGCUAAGAGUAUGGAGGUAGUUCCUUAUUCAUUUAUUUUGGCUUUUCCACCCCCUGUUGCCUAUGUGGAGAAGAAAAAGGGCAUAAGCACUUUGAGAGUGAAAAUUUGGUCUUUAGAGAUGUGGUCUUUGUAACAUGUGCAAGCUGGAUAAUUAAUUAGCAUUAAGUCAAGUAUUAAAUUAACUAAUUAUUGUAGUAAUUAUGUAAUUUUGAUGCUAAGUAGGGGCAGGGUUAAGGUCAGGGUAG